GAUGAAGAAAGCAGCGUUAGGGUUGAGGGCAAGCGGAGGCAGCGGGCGGAGCAGGGCUGGCUCCCAACGCCUAGCCUGGGAUCCGGGGCAGCCCCUUCGGGCUUAAUAGACUUGUCUGCUGGCUAAGCACUCGGGAGCUGGGAGCCUGGCGAGCGAGUCUGACUGCACGCUGUGGCGGAGCCGCUGCCCCAAAAAAAAGAAAGAAAGAAAAAAAGGCCACCCCCUUUUCUCCUCUGCCGCUGCCCUUUCCCGGGACAGCCUCGCGCGUCCUCGGCCGAGGUGGAGCGAGGGAAAGCCAAGCGAGCCGGGGAGGGAGCAGGUGCCGCGGGCAUCGCGCCGCUAGCAGAAGGCGGCGGCGACUGCGGCGGCUGUCCUCCUGCAAGCCGCCCGGCGGAGGAGAGAAUGCCCGAGGAAGGUGAGAGCCAAGGGCGAGGGGAUUCCUCGAACGCCGCCGUCCGGCGACAACGGCCCAACGGCUGCAGCAAAGCAGCUGAACAGGAGGAAGAGGAAGGAGGCUCCGCAGAGCAAGGCGCCAGGCCCACCCGAGCUGGCUGGCCCCCGGGGGAAGAUGCCCGGCUCACUGUCCUGGGGCAAGAGGGGGUCAUGUUCAAGAGAAGAGCGGUGGAAGAUCUGCAGCCCAUUGGAGAGCCGAGGGGCUCCGAAGAAGCCCUGAUGGGGGAGCUCUCCGAGAUGGUACACAAGGUGGUGAAGAGCAGCAGCUGGUGGGAGAGGCACGGCGUGGAUGACACAAUCAUUGCUCUGAACCUCUUUAGCCUACCCCUAGGAUUCCUGCUUCUCCGUUCCAGUAAUCCUUUUGUGUUCCUGCUGGGCAUUAUUGUCCUGGGUGUGGCCCAUCAUACUCUCGCUGUGAAGGCAAGCCACUUGGCUAGCCACAAUUCUCUGGUGGAAUCCAAAUCAUGGGGGAAAUUAUGGAGCAUAUUCUUCAUUGAGGUUUGUUCCUCUUUCACAGCAGAACAAGGGUCCUACAAUCAUGUCAAAAUGCACCAUGCUUAUACAAAUGUCAUUGGCCUUGGGGAUUCCAGUACUUGGAAGAUUCCUUUCCUGAACCGUUAUGUUUAUAUGUUCAUUGCACCUAUUGCUGUACCUGUCAUCACUCCUUUGGUAGCCAUUGGUUUACUCACAGAAGUGGAACUGAAAACUGCCCUUCGGACUCUGUGUUGUAUAUUCAUUGGUCUGUAUGGCCAUUGUUGGCUACUGUUUAAUAUCUCAGAGUUCCAGUCUAUCUGGUCUGCACUUGGCUGUAUGUUGAUCACCCGUGCUCUCCUCGCCCAUGCAUACAUCCAUGUCAAUAUCUUCCAGCAUAUUGGCCUACCCAUGUUUUCACCUGAUAAGAAGCCAAAACGCAUCUACAUGAUGAGCUGCGGAGUUCUCAAUUUGCCUCGAAAUCCUCUGUUGGACUGGGCUUUUGGACACUCACUCAUUAGUUGUCAUGUGGAGCAUCACCUCUUCCCAUCUUUUUCUGAUAACAUGUGCCUGAAGAUAAAACCUGUGGUUUCUCAGUAUUUGAAAAAGAAGAAAUUACAAUACAAUGAGGAUUCUUACUGGUCCCGCUUGAAGCUAUUCCUGGACAAAUAUGAAGAACUGAUGGUCCAUGCACCUCCUAUUUCUGAACUUGUGGGGAUUCAGUAAUGGUACUUUUAUGGCUAGAGCUAGGACCUUAAGGCAGCAUGGUUUCUUUUUCCAAGAUCAAUACAUUUAAAGACUAAGUUAUCAAGGGAAAAUAAGUAUGUUAUUUAUGUCUUCCAUAUCGGUCAAGCAAAAAUGCUGCCCAGUAAUGGGUCAUAGGGGAAAAUCAAUAGUUCCAAUUAAUUCAAUUGUAUUAUCUUUGAUUUUCUUCUCUGCUGUAAUAAUCUUUGCACACUGAUAUAUUUAAUAGAUUAUUUCCAUUCUGCUAUUCUGCAACUUGAGGGAGGGAAAUCUAAGGGCUAUUUAAUGUUCUUCCUCAUAAUUAAAAUGACUUCCAAGUUAAAAGACAUUUGCAUAGUACAAACUUUGACAAGUUCGGUGUAGCAAUUUCUUUUCCUCAUCUUGGGUAUUCGACAGCAAAACAUAGAUCACUGCCACUAACUGAUCUAAAAUCCACACUGCAGAAAAUGCAAGCUAUCUUCGCAAUAUAUGCAUUUUUAGAGCAGCUCAACUGGUGCCUUCUAGAUAUGCAGAGACUCCAAUUACCAGAAUGCCAGCUAGCAUGGGAAUUUCUGAAAUUCUAGUACAUCUGGAAAGAACACUGGGAAAGAAACUUAUUAGAGGAAGCUUUUCCUAGAGGUUAGAAGAAACAUGAAAAAAAACUGGCAUUGACUGUUGGACCGAUAUUUCCAUAGCUCUGAUUAUAUGAGAAUGUAUGUGGUAAAGAAAUAGCUCUUGUCAGAUGCUUCAUAGAUUUUCAUUUUUUAGCACACUCUCAGCAGAUAGCAAUCCCUAGACUACUUUGACUGUUCUGGGAAGCUAUGAAUGGUCAGGUCAAGUCUGUGCUUAGUAGACCUCCAUAGACUAUCAUGUUUGAGGGCCAAACUGGGAAAUCAAAAACCACCCUGGAAGACGGCAGCAGUAGCCACUUCUGUACAGUUGCCAACUUCCUACUCCCCAUAUAUGGGAUCCGUUAUUGCAUUGCCAAGAGUUGAGCUUGACCUGAAGGAGACUUUACUAAAAUUUCUCCUCUUGCAAGAAGCCCCCCCCCCCCAAAAGCUUCUGUAAACUACGAUGCUGAACGGUUGAAGGAAAUAGAAUUGUCAUUACCGGCGGAUGUUUUAUUAACACAAAUGAUGCAAAGAAGGAUUGUAUAAAAGUUCCUGCUGACAAAUGUGGUGAUAUCUAUGCAAAGAGAGAAUAAAUUAUUUCCCAAUCCACUUUGUGGAGGGAGUGUGGUUUAAUAAAAGGAACAACGUAAAAAGCAAGCAGAUUAGGCAAGGAAAAGCAGCAAGUAGAUAUACUUGAAAAAAAUAUUUUGAAAUAAACACUAACUGACCUGAUGAGUUGGCAUGGCCCCAUUUUUUUAGCUAGUCAAAAUCAGUCUUUAACUGUUCUCAAAGUAAAAAUGUUUACGUUCACACAUUUAUGAUACAACAUAUAACUAUUAUAUGAAAAUUACCUAAACAAUCAUGUGCAAGGAAACCUACAUAUUUUGCUCUUGUUUCUACCCAAGGGCCCAUUUUCCACCUUCUGGAGACGUGCCCAAUGAUCACUAUUUACUAUUUCUGGAAUGGAGGUGCAUACUGUAGUGUUUUCUCCAGCUUGUUAGCAGUUUCACUUGAGAUAUAUUCCUAACACUGCUGAAAUAUGUCUAUCAGGAAAACAUUCUUUUCAAAUAUGUGUUUGAAUUAUGUCUUUACAUAAUUAAUUUCUGAAAGAUGGUUUGGGAAAAUCUGGAAUAUUACUAAGAACAAAAAGGCUAAUUGUGCAUCAAAAGAAAAAGUGUGCAUCAAGAAGCUAAGCUAUGGAGAGCAAAGAGAGAUCGCUUCACUAUUCUGAAUAUACGAAUCUGUGAUGGAUGCUUAGUGUGUGAAUAUAUGUAUCUUUUGAACAGUUCUCAUACUGUUCAAGAAAAAUAUAAGCUUCCUUUAGUUAGGUUUUAACUCCUAGUGGCUUCUUUGUUGGCAACAAAAUGGAAGCGAUUUUCCAGUAACAUUUUGUUGAGCGUUCUUUUUUAUUUUUCAGCUUAGCCUACAACCUGCUGUAUAUCAGAAAAAUCCUACCCUAAUACUCUACUUGAUUGAUUAGGGCAGUAGAUGGACUUCAAUUCCCAGAAUUCCCCCAGCCAGCUUGUUGGUUGGGGAAUUCUUGAACUUGAAUGCCAUAUGUCUUAAAAUUCCUGAAGUUGAGAAACACUGACUAAGGGUAGUACAUGAAUUCAGUCAGUAAGACAAGUAAAUCAUGUAAAUCUAGCAAGGGUGACUCUAGACAGUUAUGGUUUAUUGAAUAAAACAUGCUUAAUAAA